UUCUGCUUGCUGGAUUGCUUCUUGAAGGGUUUCAUGUUCUGCAAAUGCAGAGCCAGUGAAUUUUCUGAUACUGCUGUGACUCAGCUCUCUCAAUAUUGCUGGCUAAAACAAAUGAACACGGACAUUUGCUGAGCGCAUAUUGAAGUCCCUGUUUCAUCCACUUCUUCCCUUAACAUGCCCUACAGUGAAACUGCACCAGCGCCACCCUUUCACUGGCAGGUAAAACUAUGUUGAUAUACUACGCUUCAUCUAGAACCACUCCACCUUCAAGCAAUCGCCUAUACAGGGCAGCAACUGGAACAGCUUUGUGAAACACAGUCACUAUGCCUAGAAAUGAAAAGACAGCCGCCACUGAGGUGGAAGUUGAAGAAGGCAGUGCAGCUGAAAGUGAAGAAAAUGACAAAACAGGAGAGAAUAAAACAUAUGGUGAUGAUGAGGGAGACCAAAAACCAGAUCCUGUGCACCGUGUACCACGCAAGAGACCACAGAGAAUACGUGUGGGGCUUGAGAGUGAUUCUGAUGAAGAAGUCAGCAAAAGCAGGAAAAACAGAGCAAAUCAGAAAUCCAAAGAGGAGGGUGGUGAAGAUGGUGAAGAUGAAGAGAAAGGAGGCAAAAAAGGGAGAGGCAAAAAUGACAAGAAAAAUGAUAAGAAAGGGAAAAAAGAGAAGGCCAACAAGAAAAAGAAGGAUAAAAAGAAGUCAGGUUCAGGCUCUGACUCUGACUCUGAAGAAGAGCCAAUUACAGAGGAAGAACUGGCCAAACUGAAGGAAGAAGUAGAAGAGAAAAAGAAACUAAUUGCUACAUUACGAAACAAGCCAUGGAAGAUGAAAAAGAAAUUAGCUGUCUUGAAGGAAGCCCAACUUUUUGUUGAAAAAUUUGAGGGUGCUCUUGGAAAAGGAAAAGGAAAAAAAUUUUAUGCAUACAAAGUAAUGAUGAUGAAGAAAUGGCUGAAAUUUCAACGAGAUUUUGAGAAUUUUAAAACUGCCUGCAUACCGUGGGAAUUUAAAAUCAAGGAGAUUGAAAGUCAUUUUGGCUCUUCAGUGGCGUCGUAUUUCAUAUUCUUGCGUUGGAUGUAUGGAGUAAAUAUGAUUCUCUUUGGCCUGUCCUUUGGACUUGUAAUGAUACCUGAGGCAUUGAUGGGAAAACCAUAUGGCACUUUACCUAGAAAAACUGUCCCAAGAGCUGAAGAGGCAAAUGCUAUGAACUUUGCUACGUUGUGGGACUUCAGUGGCUUUGCACAGUAUUCUGUGCUCUUUUAUGGCUAUUAUGACAACAAAAGAACAAUUGGAUGGCUGAAGUUCAGGAUGCCGCUUUCAUACUUUCUUGUGGGAGUUGGAACCAUUGGCUAUAGCUUCAUGGUUGUCAUUCGAACAAUGGCAAAGAAUGCACAUGAUGAUGGUGGUGGGGAUGAUACAAGUUUUAAUUUCAGCUGGAAAAUGUUCACCAGCUGGGAUUAUCUGAUCGGCAAUCCUGAAACGGCAGAUAAUAAAUUUGCCUCAAUUACAACAAGCUUUAAGGAAGCCAUUGUGGAGGAGCAAGAGAGCCGAAAAGAAGAAAAUAUUCACUUAACUCGAUUCCUGAGGGUUCUCGCUAACUUCUUUGCCUUCUGCACACUUGCUGGCAGCGGUUACCUCAUCUAUUUUGUUGUGAGAAGAUCCCAGCAGUUUGCCCUGGAAGGCAUGGAUAACCUUGGGUGGUGGGAGAGAAAUGAAGUGAACAUGGUCAUGUCCCUCUUGGGCAUGUUCUGUCCAACUUUAUUUGAUGUCAUCAGUUCUCUGGAAAACUACCACCCACGAAUAGCUCUCAGAUGGCAGCUGGGACGCAUCUUUGCUCUCUUCUUAGGCAAUCUGUAUACGUUCAUUAUUGCCCUCAUGGAUGAUAUUAACCUCAAGCUCGAAGAAGAGAAAAUAGUGAGAUAUAAUAUGACAAUAUGGGAAGCCAGCCUCUACAAUGGUACAAUCCCAGAGAAUGCCACAGCUCCUCCGAUACAGGUGGAUCCUGCAGAUGUUCCUCGAGGACCAUGUUGGGAAACAAUGGUAGGGCAGGAAUUUGUGCGACUGACAGUCUCUGACACGGUGACGACGUACAUCACGAUUUUAAUUGGCGAUUUCCUGAGAGCUGUCUUUGUCAGGUUCUUCAAUUACUGCUGGUGCUGGGACUUAGAAUAUGGAUUUCCUUCUUAUUCAGAGUUUGAUAUAAGUGGAAAUGUGCUGGGACUGAUCUUCAACCAAGGCAUGAUCUGGAUGGGUUCUUUUUAUGCUCCGUGCCUUCCAGCUAUCAACAUAUUUCGUCUCCACACCUCCAUGUACCUGCAGUGCUGGGCUGUGAUGUGCUGUAAUGUUCCUCAGGAGAGGGUCUUCAAAGCCUCCAGAUCCAAUAACUUCUACAUGGCCAUGCUGCUGUUUAUUCUCUUCCUCUCCACGCUGCCUGUUGUGUACACUGUUGUUUCUAUCCCACCAUCUUUUGACUGUGGCCCAUUCAGUGGGAAAACCAGAAUGUACGAGGUCAUUGGAGAAACCUUGGAGCAUGACUUCCCUUCCUGGUUUGCAAAAGUGUUUGGUUAUGCCUCUAACCCUGGAUUGAUUCUUCCCUUCAUAUUGCUCAUGGUCUUGGGUAUCUAUUAUCUCAAUGCUACAUCCAAAAGCUACAAGGAGGCUAACUUGGAGCUCAAAAAGAAGCUACAGAUGCAAGCUGAAGAAAACAAAAAGAGAAAUAAGCAAAAAGCAAAAAAAACAAAUGAGAUGGAAGAAAACCCACUCGACCCAGAUCCACCACAACCCAAGCCAAAAAAAGAAGAGACUUCUUCAGCAAAUCAAGCUAAUGGUGAAGCACAGAAGACAACAAAUCCCCCCCAGCAGCAAAGCCCUGCUCCUAAUGGCCGCUAUCCUUCACAGGGAAGAGGGGAAAACCUUGCUCCACCUCCUCGUGUAGCAGUAACUCGGCCUCCAGCACCAAGAGGGCCUGACAUGCCUGGACAUGCCUCAGGUGUUCCUAGAGGACAACCAAGAAUGCCAAUGGGUCCUCCUAGAUAAUAAGGAUGUUCUAGACUUUCCUGAAGUAAAGGUGAUCUAGAGCAGUAGAUUCUAGGAGUCUUGAUAAUGGACUUGGACUCCAUUGUAGUAGGUUCUAUACACAUGCAGAACAAAAAGGUGCUUCCAGACCAAACACUUGUAUACAUCUGUUUAUAGAUGCUUAUACACCGUCAGUGAAUUAGCUAUGGUAUCUGUUGAAAAAAAUGUUUGCCCAUAAGUCCUCAUCUAAACUAUCAAUACAGCAACAUUAGAAACUUGAUUAUAAGGUAGUUCCAUUUUGCAGGGUACAAGGAACAUUAAUUAUGUUUUAGAACAAAGCAAGCCUGAGGAAAACCUUUGACAUACCACCAAAUAAUUUCUAAACCCCCUUAAUAUACUGUCCAUAUAGAAUAAUGAUAUAAUGUUAUGAAAGGUGUAUCUCUAAUUUGGGAGCCUGUUGUUUUCAAGUCAAAGAACAGUCCUCAGACAUGGGCCACAUACAGACAUUCUGUUUUGUCUUAGAAAGUUGUUACUCUCCCACAAGAAACUAUGUACAGAUGUUCAGGAUUUUUCUCCCAGAGCAAAAAUGGCUGUUUCAGGAGAAAAUAACUUGGGAACAACCUGGAUUAAAUCAUUCUUGGGAGAGUUUCUGCUGGAAGAGGAAGUGUCUGUAUAUUUUCUCUUCUCAGAAAAGCCUGUAGUACCCCAGGGUAAUCCUGUCCCCCCCCAGGGAGACAGCAUGUCACUUGCUGGACUCUACUGCUCUAGUUGCAAAGGGAGAAGAACAUUCCCCCUUCACAAUCCCCAUAUUGUGCUGCAAGGAGACACAGUCAGUUUGGGUCAUCCAAUCAGGACUACCCUGUGCAGUGCUGUCACCUAUUUCCAGGCACCUGUUUUCAGGAAGCCGGCAGAGCACACUGAGAUAUGUGCACAGCUUCCCCCCCACCACCCACCCAGAUAUAGAAUCAGCACUAGACGCUUUGUCCUUUUCUGAGGCCAAGCAUUUGAAUGUCUGUUCAGUGUUCUCUGGGUGAGUUCUUCCACUAGGAAAAAGACCCCAAGAGAAUUCUCCUAGAUUAUUUGAACAUGUGUAUGCAGCCAUGAUCUGUGCAAACAGCCCACAAUCAUCAAGUUAGACACGAUACAGUGAGGAGCAGUGUAUAUUUUAUCUUCUCCUGGAUGAAAGUCCCAAUGUAUGUGCUUUUGACAUAGAAGAUACCCAUAA